UUUAAUACGGCCCCACACUUAAAAAAUAAAGCCUCAAACUUGGAAUCUCACAUGCUAGUCGUCGGUGUUUUCACGUGCCAAGAACUAGCGGUACAGUACACUGAAUGGUGAGUGCUAACCACCAAGGAGUUAUCCUGUCCCUGUCCACGCUGUCCACGCACUGAUUAGUAUUCCCACUCACUCUGUACCGUACGUAAGCUUGAAUUUCUUUUCUUUCCUGCCAGAAAACCAUAGCCUCGAUCUGCAUCAGCACCAUCCCGGCGACGACAUGCUCGUCGACGGCAAGCCACACGCGGUGUGCGUGCCGUACCCGGCGCAGGGCCACGCCACCCCGAUGAUGAAGCUGGCCAAGGUCCUCCACUCGAGGGGCUUCCACAUCACCUUCGUCUACACCGAGCACAACCACCGGCGCCUCGUCCGCUCCCGCGGCCCAGGCGCCGUCGCUGGCCUCCCGGACUUCCGCUUCGCCACCAUCCCCGACGGCCUGCCCCCGUCCGACCCCGACACCACCCAGGACCAGGCGUCCAUCUGCUACUCCACCACGACCACCUGCCUCCCCCACCUGAAGAGCCUGAUUGGUGACCUCAACAACGGUGCAGCGGGGACGCCGCCGGUGACGUGCGUCGUCGCGGACAGCAUCAUGAGCUUCGUAGUGGACGCCACGGCGGAGAUCGGCGUGCCGUGCGCGCUGUUCUGGACUGCCAGCGCCUGCGGUUACAUGGGCUAUUACAACUUCCGUUUCCUCAUAGACCAGGGCCUUACUCCUCUCAAAGGUGAAGAGCAACUGACGAACGGCUACUUGGACACGCCGGUGACAAAUGCUCUCGGGAUGAGCAAGCACAUGCGCCUCCGCGACUUCCCGUCCUUCGUCCGCACCACAGACCGGGAUGACAUCCUGCUCAACUUUAUGAUACACGAGCUAGAGCGGGCGAGCCGUGCGGACGCCAUCAUUGUCAACACCUUUGACGAGUUCGAGGAGCCGGCGCUCGACGCCAUGCGCGCCAUCCUCACCCCGCCGGUCUAUACCAUCGGCCCACUCAACUUUGUUGUGGAGCAGCUGGUCCCCGAUGGCGGCGAUCCGCUCGCCUCGAUUCGUCCUAGCCUUUGGAGGGAAGACCGGUCCUGCCUAGAGUGGCUCCGCGGCAGGGAACCCCGGUCCGUGGUGUACGUCAACUUCGGGAGCAUCACCACCAUGACCGGCGAACAGCUGGUGGAGUUCGCCUGGGGGCUGGCCAACUGCGGCUACGACUUCCUUUGGAUCGUGAGGAACGACUUGGUGAAGGGCGACGCCGCAGUGCUGCCGCCGGAGUUCCUGGAGGCGACCAAGGGCCGGUGUUUCUUGGCGAGCUGGUGCGAGCAGGAGGCGGUGCUGCGGCGCGAGGCCGUGGGCAUCUUCUUGACGCACUACGGGUGGAACUCGAUGAUGGAGGGGCUCAGCGCCGGGUUGCCGAUGCUGGGCUGGCCCUUCUUCGCUGAGCAGCAGACCAACUGCCGCAACGCGUGCGUGGAGUGGGGCGUCGGAUUGGAGGUCGGUGACGACGUGCGCCGGGAGGUGGUGGAGGAGAGGAUAAGGGAGGUGAUGGGUGGUGGCGAGGUGGGGAGGGAGAUGAGGCGGAAGGCGAUGGAGUGGAAGAACAUCGCUGUGCGUGCCACGACGCAACCUGGUGGCAGAUCGUUGGCCAACCUUGAGCUUCUGCUCAAGAAUAUACAAGCACCACCGUUGGAUCGUCCUUCUCCCGCCGCGGUGCAAACAGAUCUAGUGCCCGGGAUUGACCGCGAUCCGUAAGUAGUAGUACUAGAGGAUAUCAAUUUUUGGGCAUUUAUAUAAGUUCAAAAAAGGUACGAUUUGGACCGGCUCUACAAGCUCUAGGUUUGAAAAACAUACUUUUCUCUUCCUGGAAACAUAUGAUUGUGGAGACACUACAAAUGCAGCGUUUUCUCAUGUUGUUUCUCCCGAUAAGUGGAUAUGUGUGGUUUGUUUUGAGCAACGAUUUAUCGACAAUCUCGUUCGUUUAACUUUUUCUUUGCAAGUUCCGACAUUUUUUCCGGAACUUUCAACAAAUUUUGCAACAAAGAUUAAGCUUGUAAUAAUUUUCUCUGGAACCUCCAAUGAAAAAAUUCUGAAAUUUGGACAAUUUUACCCUGAACUUUGCCGAAUGUUUUUGAAAUUUUAACAAAAUCCCUAUAUUAUCUCUGGCAUCUGGCUUUCUUGAUUUUUCAAAGGGUUGAAGCCGCUUUGACAAGAGGAAUAAACUGGUCCAUCUGAUGUGCAGCAGAAAACGCAUGGGAAAAGGCAGCGGUCCCUCCCAGCCAUGUGCAUGUCCCCGCCAUUUGCAUGUGGUCCUGUAUUACUGUAUUCUUCUAUCAUUCAAUGGAGGCUUAAUUUUGAAAAUUUCG